AUGUGCCACCUGCACCGAAUGCUCGACUCGGCGGAUUUCGACCGGCUGCUCAAGGGUCUGCAGAACGAGAUGAAGGCGAAGAAGGUUCGGUCCGUGGUGGAAAAGGGCCCUCCGCCGCUGCCCACGAGCAGCGGCGGCACCAGCAGGAACGGCUUCGGCACGUUCACCCCCAGGGGCCGCAGCUUAAACGCCACCCCGGACCGCACCAGGCCCAACAGCCGAUCCGAACGCGUCGACGGCGACCUCCUCUCGCAGCACAAGUUUGGACGCCGCGCGGGGGGCGCCGCCGCCGGCGCCAACCAACGGAAGGACACGCACGCGCUCGACAGCGGGCGGGUCUCGCCGGCGCCGCUCCCGCUCGCCGAGCCGGUGGCGCGCAAGCCGAUCGCGCGCGGCGGUGGGGGCGGUGGCGACGACGGGUCCGCGAAGAUGAUGGACGCGCUGAGGGCUCGAGCGUCGAUCAAGUCGAGCCCGCAACGCGGUCCGGGCGGGUCUCGCAACGGCAGCCCUCCCGGGGGAGACGGGGGAAACGGCGGUAAGCUCCUCGAGGCGUUGGCUCCGGCGUUCGUUAAGCUCAAGUCCAAGGACUGGACGGAGCGGCUCGACGGACUGAGGAAGCUGGAGGCUGUCGCCAAGCGCGCAAACUCGGCUUCGUUCACGGAGCGGGCGACGACGCAGAUGUUCGACGUGAUGACUCCCACGAUUGGCGACUCCAACUCGAAGGUUUCUUCGCAGGCGCUCGAGACGCUGACGGAUAUCUUACCCUCCAUCCGCGACGGGAUGGCGCCCGCGCUGAAGACGCUCGUCCCCAAGCUCGCCGCGGGGAUUGGUUCCACGAACGAGAAGGUUCGCGGCGCCGCGGAGGAGGCUUGCGAGUCGCUGGUGGACUCCGUCUCGCCCGAGCUCCUGGCUCAGCCGUUUGCGCACUGCGUGACGUACGGCGUGGCGAGGGCGAAGCCGGCGCUGCUGCACAGACUGGCGGACGUCGUCGAGGCUGUGCACCCGACGAAGCCGCAGCUGAUCAGCAAGCACGUGCUCCCGGCGGCGAUGUCCACGCUCAUGAACGAGAAGAACCUGGAGAUCAAGGCGGCGAAUGCGUCGCUCGUGUCGACCAUCGCGAGGCUCCUCGGGAAGGAGGCUCUGCUGCAGCACGCGCAGGCCAUCUCGCCCGCGGCGGAACGGAAGAUGGAACAGUGCCUGUCCGGCAAGUAG